AUGUUCUGGGCCGGAAUCCUAUAUGGAAAUCGGACCGCGCUGGUGGCCGUUCCCGGGGACCCCGAAUCGAAAAAAGGUGGCGCGUCGGCACGAGUAUAUAAGUCUAUCCUCGAAGAACACCUUCCUACGAUAAUGGAUGCAUCCACGGUCUUUAUGCAUGACAAUGCUCCUAUUCACACAGCUCACAGCAUUGUGGAUUGGCUCGAGGAGAUGGCCUUCACCGUUCUGGAUUGGCCCCCGUACAGCCCUGAUCUUAACCCGAUUGAAAAUCUGUGGUUUUGCCUUAAAGAGAGGAUCUGCAAAAAGGAUCCAGAACUGUCAACACUCUCCGCUAACUUUGAGUCGAAAGAACGGCUAAUUACCGUUGCGGAAGAUAUCUGGGAAGAUAUCGAACAAGACCUCAUCAACCGGGUCAUAUUAAGCAUGCCGCGCCGUAUUAACGCGAUUAUCAACGCCAGGGGCUGGUAUACAAGAUAUUAA